CUUCUAUAUAACUCGUUCACUCUGUAUUUCUCCUGAGCUUGCUAAGCGAUGAUCACUCGGACUGUCUGAGUAUAACUGAGGAUGCCAAUCGCGGCGCUUCCGCCGACAACCGCUAGGGCGAUCGGCUCUGCGUCCGUCAUCUCAGACCCUUGCUCGAUUGUCAAGGAGUUGUUGGACAAUGCUCUUGACGCUUCGGCUACCUCUGUAACUAUUGAGAUCUCACCGAAUACCAUUGACGUGGUUCAAGUCAGGGAUAACGGAACAGGGAUAUCCUGCGAGGACCAUCCAUUCGUUUGCAGACGCUCCUUCACCAGUAAGAUCCAGACUGUUGAUGAUCUCCGCCAUGUCGGAGGGACUUGGCUGGGCUUCCGCGGUGAAGCUCUAGCUAGUGCUGCCGAGGUAUCCAGCAGCUUGGUGGUCACAACGAGGGUCGAGAACGAAUCCAUUGGUCACGUCAUCAGAUAUGGUAGAGAUGGGGAGCUUGUCAGUACACAAUUCAUGGCGCACCCGGUAGGAACCACUGUUCGUAUAGCGGACCUCUUCAGACACAUUCCCGUGCGACGGCAGACUGUGUUGAAGAGCUCAGCCAAGACCUUGGUCCGCAUUAAGAAGAUGCUACAAGCCUAUGCUCUAGCUCAGCCUUCGAAACGAUUAUCUUUGAAAGUACUGAGGGCAAAAAAUGAAAGCAACAAUUGGUUGUACGCCCCAGGGCAGGAAGCGACUCUCUCAAGCGCCGCUAUGAAGGUAGCGGGUAAAGAGGUUGCCUCUAAUUGUUGUUUCAAGCGGUGGGAAGAUGACGUUCCUGAUGGCUCAGAGGACAGAAGCCGACUGCACUAUGAAUUAACAGCUUUUCUCCCAGACCCGGAGGCUGAUAUUGCUCGAGUCAACAAUUCGGGUCAGUAUAUAAGCAUCGAUGGUAGGCCUUUGUCGGCUACUAGGGGUAUCGGCCAAGACAUUGCAAAGUUGUUCAAGACAUAUAUAAACUCAGUGACAAGCCGUCGCCAGUGCCUGUCAAACGUUACCGAUCCGUUUCUCUGUUUGCAUAUUCGUUGCUACGACGCGACGUAUGAUGUGAACAUCGAGCCGGCAAAGGACGAUGUUCUGCUUGAAGACCCACAGACGCUGCUUUCACUCAUUGAAGACAUGUUUCGCAGUGUAUACGGAGCGCAACCAGACACAAAGGAGUCUCCAGGUUUGUGGAAAGGGAAGGCGCCAGUCAAAGAGUCUAAUGGGUUUGACCUGCUUCUGGCUCGCAAAAGCCCUUCCGCGGCCACACAAAGCAUGGUCACUUACAGUCAACCUUCAGGAUUUGUGACAGCAAAUUCAGUGUGGAAGGCCACACCACCAUCUCCCAAUGUCACCCUGGCAUUGGAUGCUGACAACAUGCGGCGGAAGCGUCUAGAAGCCCUGAAUCCGUGGUCUUUUACGAAGAUGAAUGUGGGGAGCGUUGGCUCUUCCAGAACACCGUCACAGACUAAGUCGCCUUUUUACCCCCCUUUGGAAACGAACAUAGCAGAGAGUCGUAGGGACUCUGUUCAGUCGAUACAUCAUUCACCUCAGACGCUUCUUCCAAGUCCGUCUGCGUCAAGCACGAGCACGCUAGCAGUGUCCCCAUUACGAGCCCAGAUCUCACCAACUAGGUCACAAAACUCGCACAGUUCCCCAGAGCGUGAUACUCAUAGCAGUGCAAGACGUGCAGCACGGGAGCGCGACCGAGAACGAUACGGGAAUGGCUCUCUUGACACCUGGUUUGGCAAGACUACGCAAGUGGCAAUGUCACGACUGGACACCUCGAAUCAGCCACAGGAGGAUACAGAGGAGCCUUCUCUGUCGGCUUUAGCAGCGCGGCGAUUUGAGGCGUCUGAUGAAACCUCACAAGUGCAACAAGUUUCAGUCGAAGAUGAAAAUGGAAGCCCCAUGUCAGCCAUAGGGUUAUCGCGAAUGUCGAGUCUUUCUCCGCCACCAACUCAGGAUAUAGAGAUCCAAGGCAAUCAUCGGGGACUUCCAGUCCUCGAACGAUGGUCGACGAGACUCCAUCAACUAUCAAAAGACAGCCACAAGGAACUGGAGAAGGCAUUAGAUUUCGAACGUCGAAAGCGGGAUGCUAUACAGGAGAGACGGAAACAACUGCAGAAUAGUCACGUUGCAUCCAACCCUCGCUCGCCGCAUCUAAAUCGAUACCUCAACGCACGAGCUGCCCUCAGUUCCGAUGCAGCCAUUCACGGCCUGCUUAUCACUGAGCUAGAGCAGAAGCAAAAGCCCGCGCUGUCCCCACAUGAUCCGAGGUCAUACCUCAUACGCUACCACGCGCAGAACGCUGCCUCGGACGGGAGGUCGAAACUCAAACGGAUCAGUACCAACAAGCUGCCAUUUGAGAGUAUCUCAGAAGAAUGCGCAUUGUAUGAUACAGGUAUAACUGUUUCGACCGAUCUUUCGCAGCUAGCAAAACUGGCUAAGGGAAUGGUUCCCGAGUCCCCAGCCACAAAUUCCACAACUGAGUCCGACGCAUUGAGUACAUUUGGUCGAGACUCGCCAACCGAUCUCUGGAGUCAACGAUUGAACGAAUUGAUACAAGCCAAAUAUGAAGCACCAACGAAUGUCCUUCCUCUGCAUUUCAAUUUCUCAGCUACAUCUUAUUCAUAG